GAGCAGCAGAGGAGACCAGAUUCAAAGGUGGUCGGUGUUUCUGGUUCAUGUCUCUGAAUGACUGAAGUCCAGGAGAUGGAUGAUUGUUUGGAGAAAGAGGAGGAGCGACCAGUGUCUCCAGGAUCCAUCUGUCCGUCUAUGAAGAGUGACUGGUCCAAAGAUGAACCUCCAUACUUCAGUAAAGAACCUGGACCUUCAGACACAAAAGGUCGGUACUGCAGUCAGAGACCAGAGUCUCCAGGAUCCACCUGUCUGUCUAUGAAGAGUGACCGGUCCAUGGAACCCCCUUUAGCCUUCAGUAAAGAACCUGGACCCUCAGACACAAGAGGUCGGUACUGCAGUCAGAGACCAGAGUCUCCAGGAUCCACCUGUCUGUCUAUGAAGAGUGACCGGUCCAUGGAACCCCCUUUAGCCUUCAGUAAAGAACCUGGACCCUCAGACACAAGCAGAGGAGUGAAUUCUGCAGCUUCCAGGUGUCGGUAUACGAAGAGUGACGUCUCCAAAGAUCUACCUGACGACUUCAACAAUGAACCUGCUCCGAUGAAACGGAGCUCAGACCAGUCGACUUCACCGGAAAAUCUGGGAUCCAGAGCAAGCUCUCCACAAGAUACUGGUCUGCAGGAGGUCCUAGAUAAACACAAGACCAGUCUGAGGAGCAGAUGUGAACAUGUGACUGAAGGAAUUGAUGAAACAGGAAGUAGAACCCCCCUCAACAGGAUCUACACGGAGCUCUUCAUCACAGAGGGACUGAGUGAAGAGGUUGAUACCCAACAUGAGGUGAUGCAGCUGGAGACAGCUCCCAGGAUGAAGAGCCUCCAUGACGCUCCAAUCAGGUGCCAGGACAUCUUUAAAGCCUUACCUGACCAACGUGGAGCCAUCAGAGUGGUUCUGACCAACGGCGUCGCUGGCGCUGGGAAAACCUUCUCGGUUCAGAAGUUCUCUCUGGACUGGGCCGAGGGCUGGGAGAACCAAGACGUCACCGUGGUGAUUCUGCUCUCGUUCAGGGAGCUGCACCUGAUCGGAGAUGAGCAGCUCAGUCUUCUCAGGCUGAUCCAGGUUUUCCAUCCAUCGUUCCAGAAGCUCACAGCAGAGCAGCUGGCUGCCGGGAAACCGUUGUUCAUCUUUGACGGCCUGGAUGAAAGCAGACGUUCCCUGGACUUCAACAACGGUCCGGUGGUGUCUGACGUCACACAGAGCUCAUCGGUCAACGUGCUGCUGACCAACCUCAUCCAGGGGAACCUGCUUCCCUCAGCUCUCAUCUGGAUCACUUCCAGACCUGCAGCAGCCAAUCAGAUCCCUCACAAACACGUGGACAGGGUGACAGAAGUACGAGGCUUCACCGACGGCCAGAAGGAGGAAUACUUCAGGAGGAGGUUCAGGGAUGAAGAGCGGUCCAGCAGCAUCGUCUCCCACAUGAAGACAUCCAGAACCCUCCGCAUCAUGUGUCAACUCCCGGUCUUCUGCUGGAUCACUGCUACAGUUCUGGACCACAUGUUGACCACGGAGCAGAGAGGAGAGCUGCCCAAGACCCUGACUGACAUGUUCUCCCACUUCCUGCUGGUCCAGACCAAGAGGAAGAAGAACAAGUACCAGGAGGGACAUGAGACGAGUCCACAGGAGCUGACGGAGGCUGACAGGGACCUUCUCCUGAAGCUGGGGAGGCUGGCGUUUGAACAUCUGGAGAAAGGAAACAUCAUGUUCUACCAAGAAGACCUGGAGCAGUGUGGUCUGGAUGUCCCAGAGGCCUCGGUGUACUCAGGAGUUUGUACCCAGAUCUUCAGGAGAGAGUGUGAGGUCUUCCAGAAACCCGUCUACUGCUUUGUUCAUCUGAGCAUCCAGGAGUUCCUGGCUGCAGUCUACGUGUUCCACUGUUGGUCCACCAGGAACACAGAUGUGCUGAAGAACUUCCUGGGAUACUACAUAUACUCAUCUCUGGAUGACUUCCUGAGGAGAGUCAUGCUGAAAUCCCUGGAGAGUAAAAAUGGCCACCUGGACCUGUUUGUCCGCUUCCUUCAUGGUCUUUCUGUGGAGUCCAACCAGAGACCGUUAGGAGGUCUGCUGAACCAGACGGAGAACGAUCCAGAAACCAUCCAGAGAGUCAUCAACAACCUGAAGAAGAUGAGCACUGUCAUAUUCUCUCCUGACAGAAGCAUCAACAUCUUCCAGUGUCUGAUGGAGAUGAACGACCUCUCAGUUCAUCAGCAGAUCCAAGAGUUCCUGAAGUCAGAGAACAGAUCAGGGCAGGAACUCUCUGAGAUCCAGUGUUCAGCUCUGGCCUACAUGCUGCAGAUGUCGGAGGAGGUUCUGGAUGAGUUGGACAUGUACAAGUACAAGACAACACCAGAGGGUCGACUGAGACUGAUUCCAGCUGUGAGGAACUGCAGAAAGGCUCGAUUUGUUGGUUGUAAACUCUCAGAGACUCACUGUGAAGUUGUUGCGUCCGCUCUGAAGUCCAACCCCUCCCAUCUGACACAACUGGACCUGGGAUGUAACUGGAACCUGCAGGAUUCAGGAAUGAAGGUUCUGUUUCGUGGACUGGAGAGUCCAAACUGUAGACUGGAGACUCUGAGGUUGAGGUGCUGCUUGUUGUCAGCGAUCAGCUGUUCUUCUCUGGUCUCAGCUCUGAAGUCCAACCCCUCCCAUCUGAAACAUCUGGACCUGGGCUGGAACCAGCUGCAGGAUUCAGAAGUGAAACAUCUGUGUGUUUUCCUGGAGAGUCCAGACUGCAGACUGGAGACUCUGAGGUUGGAGUUCUGCAGUCUGUCAGAGACCAGCUGUUCUUCUCUGGUCUCAGCUCUGAAGUCCAACCCCUCCCACCUGAAACAUCUGGAACACUUGAAACAUCUGAAACAUCUGGACCUGAGCGGGAACCAUGACCUGCAGGAUUCAGGAGUGAAACAUCUGUGUGGAUUUCUGGAGAGUCCAGACUGCAGACUGGAGACUCUGGAGUUGUGGGGCUGCAGUUUGUCAGGGAUCAGCUGUUCUUCUCUGGUCUCAGCUCUGAAGUCCAACCCCUCCCACCUGAAACAUCUGAACCUGAUAGGGAACGACCUGCAGGCUGCAGAUGUGGAGCAGCUGUCUGGUCUGGUGCAGAGUCCAGACUACCAGCUGCAGACUCUCAGCUGGAGAGAGUGAGUGUGUCCAGGACGGAUGAGUCGUGUCCUGAUCGUCUUCAGAGUUGAAGCAGAACCAGUUUGUGUGGACAAACUCUGACUGAACCGUGAUGAUGAAGAUGAAGAUGAUGAUGAUGAUAAUGAUGAUGAUGAUGAUGAUGAUGAUGAUGAUGAUGAUGAUGUACAUAGUUUCUGAAUUCCAGAGUUUUACUAACUUAUAAUAUAUUAUUGUAUUUAAUAUUAAGUCAAAAAGUCUUUAUUGUUAAAAAACAGUACAUCAAAAUGUAGCCUUUAAUCUGAACUUGAGUUUCGUUCGACAUUGUUCCUCAAGCACUUCAUCUAAAGUAGUAGGGAGGAUGUUCCUACUACUAAUGUAGUGAUGGAUAAAUGUCUACACUGCCGCGGCGGAGCUGCUCAGCAAAGCAGCCGUCUCCUCCACUGAGUCACAUGACUCCCCCGGUGUUUUCUUUUAAAUUACAUGUUUCCGUUUCAUUCCAAGUUUUCCUUUAUUUGUUGUUUUCAGCUUCGUCAGGUUUUUAAAGUUUCUCUCCGCGUCACUGAUGAAGAGAGAGAGUGAAGAGAAAUAACAGCGUUUGUUCAUGAAACACGAAACACAAAUGAACUUGACUUGGUCAAUGAAUGUUCCUCAGUUUGUUCCAGUAAAUAUUGUAAAUGUUUUCUGGAUAUUACGAUGAUUGUUAACACUUCAAAGAAAGUCAAAAUUCUUCAUUAAAA